AUGGCAUAUGCUUCAUCCACACCGGACUCCCCAGCCGAGGAUGUCCGACAACGCCCUCCGCGGUAUCCUGGUGAAGACACCACUCCGACGAGCCGUCGAGAGAUUUUGGGCUGGUAUGCCUACGGUAUUGCGGCAGAAGUAUUCGCCGUUUGUGGUGUAGGUUCUUUCCUACCUCUCACCCUCGAACAAUUGGCACGCGAACGCGGAACCCUUCAAACCAGCCACCUCCCCUGUACCGGUCCGGACUCUCCUUCGGCAGCUCCUGGAAAUGGAACCGCCCCGGCGAUGUUUCGACGCGAUGGGACAGCCAAUGAGCAGUGUGUUGUAGGACUAUUGGGUCUGGAGAUCAACACCGCUAGUUUCGCCAUGUACACAUUUUCGCUGGCUGUGCUUGUCCAAGCAUUGACUUUGGUGUCAUUCAGCGCUCUCGCGGACUAUGAGAACAACCGUAAAACACUUCUACUGGCGUUCGGAUUCAUUGGAUCGAUGACCAGCAUGUUGUUUGUCCUAAUCGCACCACCAGUUUUUGUUCUCGGCGCGUUGUUGGUGGUCAUCGGUGUUACAUGCCUUGGCUCAUCAUUUGUCGUCCUCAACUCCUUUUUGCCCGUUCUGGUGGCCAACGAUCCGUCCAUUCAAGAAUCACCCAAGCAAUCCGAAGAGAUGCAUGAUUUUGAGUCCGAUGCGGGCUUUUCUCCGCGCCGAGAUUCGUUUGCCGAGGCCGAGUACAACUUGGGCUCUCGCGGCCCUGCUGGUCCGGGAGGGGGGAACGACUCGAAAUCAACGUCACCAGAACUGCAAUUAUCAACUCGUAUCUCAUCCAAAGGUGUCGGACUGGGUUAUUGUGCCGCAGUUCUCGUACAGAUUCUAAGCAUCACUAUCCUCUUCACGCUGUCGAAAACGUCCAUCCCGAAAAUCUCAGGGACGCUUCCUCUGCGAUUUGUGCUUCUGCUGGUGGGUAUCUGGUGGUUUGCCUUCACUUGGGUGACGCGUCGGUGGCUGCGCAACCGCCCCGGGCCCCCAUUGCACUCGUCCACUGCCGGCGGGCAUGGUAGCCGGUGGCGCGCUUGGCUGGGCCUGGUCGGCUUUGCGUGGAAGUCGUUGUGGGGAACCAUCAAAAUCGCGGUAAAGCUUCGGGAGGUGAUGGUCUUCCUGGUCGCAUGGUUCCUGUUGUCAGACGCUAUGGCCACUGUGUCGGGUACGGCCAUUUUGUUCGCGCGCACGGAGCUGAAGAUGAGCACUACGCUGAUCGGGUUGUUGUCGAUCACCGUGACACUUUCUGGUAUGGCGGGAGCAUUCCUGUGGCCGGUCGUGUCGCGCCGCUUCGGACUCAAAUCGAACCAUACGAUCAUGAUUUGCAUUGGUCUGUUCGAGUUGAUCCCACUGUACGGCAUGCUCGGGUUCAUUCCGGCUUUUAAGAAAUGGGGCGUGAUCGGGCUGCAGCAACCAUGGGAAAUCUUUCCGUUGGGAAUCAUUCAUGGAAUCGUCUCGGGCGGCCUGUCAUCGUACUGCCGAUCCUUCUACGGACUGCUGAUCCCCCCUGGCAGCGAAGCCGCGUUCUAUGCGCUUUACGCCGCGACUGACAAGGGGAGUUCGUUUAUUGGACCGGCCAUUGUGGGACUGCUCAUCGAUGCAACAGGCCAAGUGCGAACGGGAUUUUUCUUCAUUGCCGUGCUGAUUGUCCUGCCAAUCCCGCUGGUGUGGAUGGUGAACGCGGACAAGGGACGACGCGAGGGAGUCGCCAUGGCGGAGCGACUGGAGAUGGAACAUAAAUCCGAGGGAGGCGAACCCACCGAGGAGGCCGAGGGCCUGUUGGCGCGUGGGAGGUGA